AUGGUGGAGGCAAGAAGCUCAGUGGCAACAUUUCAAAUUCAGCUAAGGAAGAAUAGCACCAUGAUCAGACAACUAUAUCUAGCUAUGAUGGGGCAAUUGCCAAGAGUAGAAUGGAAGAUGUUCAUGUUUGGAAAUGAAGCAAGGGCAAAAGCUAAAUUCACAAUGUGGUUGUAUUUCCAAGACAGGAUGCCAACUAGUGACAGAUCAAACAAAUGGGGGAUGCAGGUGGACAGGGAAUGCAGUCUAUGUAGAGUACACGAUGAGAAUAGGAAGCAUAUCUUUAUUGAAUGUGAGUAUACUAAGAGUAUUUGGACAAAACUACUAAAAUGGAUGCAGAGGCAACCAAUCUGGGCAACCUCAUGGGAUCAACACUGGGAAUGGGCAGCAGAGAAUGCAAAAGGGAAAUCAAGUAAGGCAGGAGUAUUCAGGAUGGUAUAUGCAGAAGCAAUUCAUGAGAUAUGGAAUGAGAGAAAUCAUAGGAUAUUUGAAAAGCAAAGCAGGAAAGCUGAAGAGUUAGCUAGGAACAUAGCAUGCAUAUGUAAUGUUAGAGCAACAAAUCAGAAUAGGCAACUUAUACAACAUUUUCAGUUCUGA